GUCAGAGUUCAAAAGCUUCCCCAUGCUUACUCCUACUUCUAAUCCUCUGUCUCUUCCUCUUCAUCUGUAACCUCAAACGUGAUCAGUUAUUGCGCAGAAACACGUUCAAACAGAGAAUUCUAAGAUUUCUCCAAAGGAGAUCAUGCAAGAUAUUCAUAUGAUCAGCGACGGCGGAGGAGCGGGGAGGUUCUUCGGCGGCGGCAGAGCUGUCGGAGACCUGCGGCUUCGGGCCCACCAGAACCAUCACCAGACCCUAAAGUGUCCUCGUUGCAAUUCCCUCAACACCAAGUUCUGCUACUACAACAACUACAAUCUCUCUCAGCCACGUCACUUCUGCAAGAGCUGUCGCCGGUAUUGGACCAAAGGCGGCGUUCUCCGCGACGUCCCCGUAGGCGGCGGCUGUCGGAAAACCAAGCGCGCCAAACGCAAGAAGCCCUCUUCUUCCUCCGCCGCCGGAGAAUCCUCCGGAAAACCGACGCCCGACGCCGAGGAAGAAGGAAAGCCCACGACCUCUUACUCCAGCAGCGAGAGCUCUUCCCUCACCGCCUCCAACUCCGCCGCCGGAAUCCGGCCAGGAUCCACUUCGGUGGCGGAGGUUGCAUCGGUACCCAUCCUGGGUUUUAGUACGAACAACCCGAGAUUGUACGGGGAGGGUAUCGAAUGGUCUGCGAUGAUCGGACAAGGUUCAUCGGAGUACGGUGGGGUUUUCCCGGAGAUGCGGAGCUUAACGAGCAUGAAUUCAACGGCGGCGAAGGCCAAGGCUAACGAAACGACGCCGUCUGGGUUGAGGCGUAAUACUGUAAAUAUGAUACAACAGUGUGGAGAUCACCUGAAGGUGGAGGGGGAAACGGUAAAUGGACAACUGUUGGAGGAUCGGACGGUGCAAGAUGAGUUUCAUGGGAACUUUGGAUUCGAACCGUUGGAUUGGGGUGGCGAUCAAUCACUGUUUGAUCUAACCAGCAUCGUUGAUCAUACAUACUGGUUUUAAUAUGAUAAUUUUUUUUUUGGUAUGAAUAAUAUGAUAAAUUUUGUAUCUGUUACUGACCUUUCUUGAUUAUAUUUUUUAUAAGAUUUAAAAUUCUGGGAUUUUCUGUAUUGAUGUAUCUGAAUAUGUUUUGAGCUUGGUUUGUAGCAUUCAAAAUCUUGGGUUUGCUUGA